AUGGACGAUGAUGCGAGCACGUACCGCGCGCCGGCCUCCGCGCUCCCGGCCUUUAGGUACUUCAGCCUCCCGGCGUCGCCCGUCGCGCCGCCGCCGAACCCGCUGUGGCUGACCCAGGAGAGCUGCGCGUUCAAGGCGACGACGGGCGUCGUGUUGGGCGCGGGCGUGGGCGCGAUGAUGGGCCUCUUCUUCGGCAUCCUCGGCGCGGACCCGUCGGUGCCCGUGGGGCCCGGCGGCCGCGCGAUCCCCGCCGCACCACUGGCGCACCAGGUCCGCGUCGCCUGGCGUGCGCUCGGCGACAAGGCGCUGUGGUACACGAAGUCGUUCGCCGUCAUCACGGCGCUCUUCUCGGGCUGCGACUGCCUUUUCGAGAAGGCGCGCGGCAGGCACGACGCCAUCAACGGGAGCCUCUCGGGCUGCGCCACGGGGGCAGUCCUCGCGGCCAAGCAAGGCCCCCAGGCGGCGUGUCUAGGGUGCGUCGGCUUCGCGGCGUUUUCCGUGGCCGUGGACGCGCUCAUGCACCAGUAG